GGGGCGUGGCCGCAAAGCCGCGGAGGCUGGGGGCGGGGCCGCCCGGGGGAUGCAGCGGGGGCGCACCGCUUUCCGGCUUCACUUAACAGCUGCCGGGCGUCGGGCGGAGAGUGUCUCUGCCUUAGGACCGGCGUGUAGACCUCUGACCCUGGAGUCACUGGGCGGCCAGGAACCGUUCCCUCGGGUCGUCGCCUGGGCUGCCCGCCGUUCCCCGCCCCCGUGGGCCCCGGCCGGCCGCUGCUGUGGGAGAGGUCAGCAUGAGCCUGGGGGUCCUCCGGGCCGGCGCCAGGCAGGGGGCGGCGGCCGCGUUGCAGCUGCUGGUGGCGCUGAGCUUUCUCCUGAGCGUCGUCGAGGCCCAGGUUGCUGGAGUUCUGGAUGAUUGCUUGUGUGAUAUUGACAGCAUCGAUAACUUCAAUACCUUCAAAAUCUUCCCCAAAAUAAAAAAAUUGCAAGAGCGAGACUAUUUCCGUUAUUACAAGGUUAAUCUGAAGCGACCAUGCCCCUUCUGGGCAGAAGAUGGCCACUGUUCAAUAAAAGACUGUCAUGUUGAACCCUGUCCAGAGAGUAAAAUUCCAGUUGGAAUAAAAGCUGGGCAUUCCAAUAAGUACUUGAAAGUGACAAAUAAUACCAAAGAAUUAGAAGACUGUGAGCAAGCUAAUAAACUUGGAGCAAUUAACAGCACAUUAAGUAAUCAAAGCAAAGAAGCUUUCAUUGACUGGGCAAGAUAUGAUGAUUCACAGGAUCACUUUUGUGAACUUGAUGAUGAGAGAUCUCCAGCUGCUCAGUAUGUAGACCUACUGCUGAACCCCGAGCGCUACACCGGCUAUAAAGGGACCUCUGCGUGGCGAGUGUGGAACAGCAUCUAUGAGGAAAACUGUUUCAAGCCUCGAUCUGUUUAUCGUCCUUUAAAUCCUCUGGCACCCAGCCGAGGUGAAGAUAAUGGAGAAUCAUUCUAUACAUGGCUGGAAGGUUUGUGUUUGGAGAAAAGAGUCUUCUAUAAGCUUAUAUCGGGACUUCAUGCUAGUAUCAAUUUACAUCUGUGUGCAAAUUAUCUUUUGGAAGAAACCUGGGGUAAACCUAGCUGGGGACCUAAUAUCAAAGAAUUUAAACGCCGCUUCGACCCCAUGGAAACCAAAGGAGAAGGCCCAAGAAGACUAAAGAAUCUGUACUUUUUAUACUUGAUUGAGCUCCGAGCUUUGUCAAAGGUGGCUCCAUAUUUUGAGCGCUCGAUUGUCGACCUUUACACUGGAAAUGCCGAAGAAGAUGCUGACACAAAAACCCUUCUACUGAACAUCUUUCAAGAUACAAAGUCCUUCCCUAUGCAUUUUGAUGAGAAAUCCAUGUUCGCCGGUGACAAAAAAGGGGCCAAAUCAUUAAAGGAGGAAUUCCGGUUACACUUCAAGAAUAUCUCCCGUAUAAUGGACUGUGUUGGAUGCGACAAAUGCAGAUUAUGGGGAAAAUUACAGACUCAGGGUUUAGGAACUGCCCUGAAGAUAUUAUUCUCCGAAAAAGAAAUCCAAAAGCUGCCAGAGCACAGUCCAUCUAAAGGAUUCCAACUCACCCGACAAGAAAUAGUUGCUCUUUUAAAUGCUUUUGGAAGGCUUUCUACAAGUAUAAGAGAGUUACAGAAUUUUAAAGUCUUAGUACAACACAGUAGGUAAUAAAUGUCUAACUAGAGACAUAAAAUGACUUUGUAAAGCCUUUUAAUCUUGGACAUUCAGCAGAAAGAGACUAAUCUUCUAAAAUUUCAAGAAUUCUGAACUCAAAAAUGCUCACUUGAAUAUUUAUGAUUCUUCACAGAUUAUUAGAAAUAUUUAUAAGUGAAAUAUAUACUUUCAAAAUGUGUAAGUUAUACUAAUUGUGUUUAAUUUCAUGCAUUUUCAUCUGUUGAAUAUUCUGUUUGUUUAUAAUUGCUUUUGUUUUUAUUCUGUAAUCCUUUAUGUUUCCAGUUGUCAAACUUAAAUAACUGUAUCUCCAUUUGGAGAAGCAGGAACAAAUGUUGCUUGGGGCUGGUAUCAGUGACAGAAAUGUAUCAAUGAUUUCUUAAUGUGUUUUCAGUCUUACUCAGCUCUCUGUGUCACCGUCUAUAAUAUGGAACUGUCACUGUGAUGAACGGCCCUUUCAAUGAUCAGUUAGAGAAAUUCCUUAAGAUUCUCUAAGACUUCAACUUUAAUUAGUUUUUAUUUAAGAUUUGUAGUUGUUGCUGUUUUGUUUUCCAUCUAGAAGACCUGCUCUGGUAAGGUGAGUAGGUACUCUCCCCGAUGCUCCCCAGCCAGAUUUCAGGUGUGUAUACUGGGCUGGCUUAGGAGUAUUUUACUUAGAACCUUCUUUUGAUUUUGCUUUUCUCUGUUCCUAGAAAUUUUAGGGAAAAUGAAAUUUUCAGAUACUUUUAGAAAAAAAAAUUGAAUAUUUAACAAAUAACUUCUUGAUAAAAUUUGAAUGAGACUAUGAAUUUAUAAUGCCAAUUAAAAGCAUUAUAUACACAAAAUUUGCUAUUUGAAAUUAAAGUAUUUUUACAGGAUUUAAUUUUAGAAUGCAAUCUAUGCAAUCUCUUUGGUCUGAUUUUCUUUCGUAGAAUACAGAAGCAGGCAGAUUAAAGGCAAGCCUCUGUUAAGUGCCCCCCUCAAAACCUUUUAUCAUUUUAGUUCAUUGUAUAUAAGCAGUAUUUUGUGUGAUUUCGUACCAACAAAUGGUUAAUAAGUCCUACACUGGUUUUUCUAAACCUGGGAUUUUAAAUCUUAAAACAGUAUUUAAAAUCUUGAUUCUUUGAAAAGAUGUGGAUAGAAUGAUUAACUUGGAAGCUUGCAUCUGUGUAGAAGUUGCGAGAGUACGAAAUCUAAAGUUUCUCCUAGGUUCUGCAGUCUCUCAUGAGGUAAAUAAGUGCUCUUAAACCCUAUCUUAUUCUGCCAAAGUCUGAAAUGUGUUCAUUGAAGAUUUUAAAUUAUAGUUAGUUGGCUCACCCUACUUUUAAAAAUACUUAGCCAUUCCUUGCAGGGCUGUGGUUGAGGAGUAAGGUCUCACUAGAGUCAUUUUCUCACUCAUUUGUAACCUUUAUAAACUUGUGAUCUUACUUGAUGAUGACAGUGGUGGUGGGUUUUGUUAAGUUGAAUAAAAAAGACUGGCUUGAUUGGA